AUUUUUCCUUCCCUUUUUACCCCCCACCUGGCUCUGGCCCUUUCACUGACUCUGACCACCCACCUGGAGUCAACAUCUCACCUGGCUCUGUCUCUGUCUCUGACUCUAACCAACCACCUCGUGCCAACUUCUCACCAACUCCCAGCAAUUUAAUCAGACCAACGCAAGAGAGGUCUCUAUUUUUUCUAGGUUGAAUUCCUUCUUCUUCUUCUUCUUCUUCUUCUUCUUCUUCGUCGUCGUCGUCGUCUUGUUCAAAUAAAUGUCUUCCUCCAUGAAUGAACCCCAGGUCAUCACAUGCAAAGCUGCGGUUGCAUGGGGAGCUGGGGAGCAAUUGGUAAUUGAAGAAGUUCAAGUGAGUCCACCGCAGCCUCAAGAGAUCAGGAUCAAAGUCGUCUCCACUUCUCUCUGUCGCACUGACUUGACCGCUUGGGAAACACAAGCAAUAUUUCCUCGGAUAUUUGGCCAUGAAGCAUCAGGGAUUGUUGAGAGUGUAGGAGCAGGAGUCACAGAAUUUAAGGAGGGAGACCAUGUUCUUACAGUAUUCAUUGGAGAAUGCCAGAAAUGCAAACAUUGUAGAUCAGGUAAAAGCAACACGUGUGAAGUUCUGGGGUUGGAAAGGAGAGGUGUGAUGCACAGUGAUCAGCAGACACGCUUCUCAAUUAAAGGCAAGCCCGUUUAUCACUAUUGUGCGGUUUCAAGUUUCAGUGAAUAUACAGUGGUUCACUCUGGAUGUGCUGUCAAAGUAAGCUCAAUUGCACCACUGGAAAAAAUAUGCCUACUGAGUUGUGGACUUGCUGCAGGUCUUGGUGCGGCAUGGAAUGUGGCUGAUAUAUCGCAAGGAUCAACUGUAGUCAUUUUUGGUCUUGGAACUGUAGGCCUUUCAGUUGCUCAAGGUGCUAAACUCAGAGGGGCAUCUAGAAUUAUUGGGGUUGACACUAACCCUGAAAAGAGUGAAAAAGCAAAGGCUUUUGGAAUAACAGAAUUUCUCAACCCAAAUGACUGCAAUGAACCUAUUCAACAGGUUAUUAAGCGAAUUACUGAUGGAGGAGCUGAUUACUCAUUUGAAUGUAUUGGUGAUACAGGGAUGAUAACUACAGCAUUACAGUCAUGUUGUGAUGGAUGGGGUCUGACAGUUACUCUCGGUGUACCAAAAGUGAAUCCUGAAGUAGCAGCACACUACGGCCUAUUUCUAAGCGGAAGAACGUUGAAAGGAACUCUAUUUGGAAGAUGGAAACCUAAAUCUGAUCUUCCUUCACUAGUAGACAUGUACGCAAAGAAGCAUGUACACAACACAGGAAAUCAUGAUUGACGAGUUCAUCACUCAUGAUCUUCUGCUCGAGGAUAUCAACAAAGCUUUCAAUCUCAUGAAAGAAGGAAAGUGUUUGCGCUGUGUCAUCCACAUGCCAAAGUAGGUACGAUGGAGCUAUGAAGUUAAUUACAAGAAGUUUGUGUAUUUGAUUAAGGUUUCUGUUCUGAUGUUGAUUAUUAAAGGUUCAUUGCCCUCCUUGUUGAACCACCCCCACAUCUUCAAUCAUCAAAAUUUUCCGGGUUUCCAUGUGAAUAAGAAUGUCAUAUUCAUGGAUCUAUUGCUAGUCUUUCUUCUUUAUUUGAAGCAAAUUUUUGUAAUUCUAGGGGACUUUCUUCAUCCAUCAUGAUUGUGAAUAAGCUCAAAUUAAGUGAUUCAUCCCUUUUAUCGUAGAAAUUUAGAAAAAUAAAUCCAGUACUUUGAUCUCA